AUGUCCUCGUCGGAAGGUGCGCCGGAGUCAUGGAUCUCCUCGUUCUGCGGCAUGAUGGGCCAUGAGUUCUUCGCCGAGGUGUCGGAGGAUUUCAUUGAGGAUGACUUCAACCUGACGGGAUUGCAGUCGCAGGUCCCCAUGUACAAGGAGGCCCUGGAGAUGAUCCUGGACGUAGAGCCGGAGGAGGAGGACGAAGACGAAGAGGAAGAGGAGGAAGAGGAGGAUGAAGACGAGAUCCUGGGCGACGACAGGCCGGCGUUCCGCAGGGCCGGCGAACGGCGACACGCACGGGUGGCGAGCGAUUUGAGCGUAAUCGAGAGCUCGGCGGAGUUGCUCUACGGGCUGAUCCACCAGCGGUAUAUCACGUCGCGGCCGGGGAUCCAGCAGAUGCUGGAGAAGCUCGAAAUGGGACAUUUCGGCAGCUGCCCUCGCGUCUACUGCAACGGGAGCCGGCCCGUGCCUGUAGGAUUGUCCGACACCCCCGGCCAGCAGACCGUGAAGCUUUACUGCCCGAGCUGCCAGGAUAUCUACACGCCCCCGAACAGUCGGUUCCAUUCGGUGGACGGGGCCUUCUUCGGGACUACGUUCGGGUGUCUGUUCUUCAUGACCUUCCCAGACCUGGAUGUUGCGCCUCGCCCUGUGGAUAACCCGUUGUCUCCCGUGCGCGCUUCGCCGGCGGGCACCCCGCGGGAGCCUCAACCGACGGAGAUCAACGGGGUGCGGACGGCCAGCUUUGCAGCGGGGCUUGGACCCGGCCGGGUCUACGAGCCGAAGAUCUAUGGCUUCAAGGUUUCUGAUCGGUCCCGGUCCGGUCCGCGCAUGAAGUGGCUGCGGAUGAAACCGGUGGAGAUUCGCGAACUGGACGAGAUGACUCGAUAUGAAUCGCAGCAUCCGCUUGCCGACCGAGAAGGCGAUAUGGACAUGGGAGCCGGCGCUGCGCAGAAUGCGGCGAUCGCCCGACGGAAGAAGGCACCCAUGCGACGACGACGCUAUAACACGAACCCGGGCGUCAACGGAGGAGAGGGGCUGUAG